AUGAGUAUCUAUCUAUCUAUCUAUCUAUCUAUCUAUCUUGAUUUUUUUGUGCACGAGAAAAUAAAGUCUGUACUGUCCAUUGUCCUGUUCAUAUCUAUCUAUCUAUCUAUCUAUCUAUCUAUCUAUCUAUCUAUCUAUCUAUCUAUCUAUCAAUUUGUUCAUAUCUAUCUGUUCAUAUCUGUCUCAGUCUGUUCAUCUCUCUCUCUCUCUCUCUCUCUCUCUCUCUAUCUAUCUAUCAAUUUGUUCAUAUCUAUCUCUCUGUUCAUUUCUAUCUAUCUGUCUCAGUCAUUUCAUAUGUCUCUCUCUCUCUCUCUCUCUCUCUCUCUAUCUAUCUAUCUAUCUGUUCAUAUUUAUCAAGCUAUCUCCCUGUCUCAGUCUGUUCAUAUUUAUCUCUCUGUCUCCAUCUAUCUAUCUAUCUAUCUAUCUAUCUAUCUAUCUAUCUAUCUAUCUAUCUAUCUGUUUGUUUCUCUCUCUAUCACAUUUUUUUAG